CUACCUGUUGAAUCUCAGCUGCAGUCGCUCAGUUCUGGUGGUGGCGCGGCUGUUGACGAUGUGCAUGACACGGUCAUCCACAGUGGUGUGGGCGGGGGGACACCAGGUGGUCGUCCGGGAGGGCGGCAGCUUCUUUGCCAUACUGCAGACACGACAACACACACACACGGAUGGAGACACGUGUGUGGUGUGUGUGCCGUGGGUCGCGUUGCGCACACACGUACCGCUCAGCGAUGUUGCCGAUGUAGGCGGUGAUGUAUUUCAGCUUGUAGUUAGUCCUGCCCCUCCUGGCGGCAGGCAGGCGGGUGACCAUGGCCUCUAUCACCGGGGGCGUGUACGUAAUCAGUUCGUGGCCGUUCUCAUACAGCUCCCUUGUCGCCUUCCAGGCGCCCAACUCGGCCUGCACACACACGUCGAUGACGACAACACAACGCAAAAGCAGACGACACACAUGUCCGUCUGUCUGAUGGAUGGAUGGAUGUGACGUGUUAAGACUCACCGCCGCUUGGAGGGGGGUGUUGCGUAGGAGCUUGAACGCGAACGAGUCGGUGAUGGCCUCGCAAUCGGCCAACACGUCAAACACCGACUGAGCCACACACACACACACACACACAGAGAGAGAGAGAGAGACGAGUGCAUCCGUGUGUGUGGUGUGUGUCCAUCUUCCUUCCUCUCACCCUCGUAGCCCAUCUUGGUGAUGUCGAAGGUCCGCUGCCCCUGACGAAUGCCGCCCCGCCCCAUGGGAGGUCAGCAAACACCUGCAGUCACACACAAACGAAGCGACACACGAAUGCACUCAUGCACCUUGUGUGUGUGCCUACGUGGGCAUGCUGUCUGUGUAGGUACCAGGUCGCAUCGAUGCUUUCGCUGUUUGGUGCGGUCGACGAAGCUAUAGAAGCUCUCCUUGCAGAUGCGGGCAGGGGUGACGCCUGACACCCACCCACCCACCCACCCACACACAGGGAGAGAGAGAGAGAGAGAGGGAGCAUUGUGGCAGGCCGCUCAUGGGUCCACUCAGCCAUGCACAGGCAGGCGGAGGCACCAACCGUAUAGCUUGAAGUUCUCUUGUGCGUCGUCGACGUGGGUCGGAGUUGAUUUCGCAGGCACAGACCUUGAGGCCCUUAAGGCAGAAUUGGAUCGUGUUGCCGCGUGAAUCGAACGCAUCAAGCAGAUAGACAGACAGACAACAAACAUGUCAACAUGACGUGCAGUGCUCACAUGUCUCAAGCUUCUCCUGCAUUCACUCAUGUGAGGGAACGGCGCGUUGCUCCUAUCUUGAGGGCAUCCUAUCCAGCAAGGCGUCGAUUCGAUGCUGUCAAGGGAGCUUGGCAUGACGUGACACGGCGAGCAACUGCGGAAAAGAUCCACGAAAACAUAAAAUGUAGGUAGCGACGAUCGACCUGCAUAGACACACCAGAGAGACACAUGAAUGACAAAAUGAACUCCCCUGCACACAGAAAGACAUGCGCCAUCGCAGAAACAAAGGGCCAGAUGAGGCGACGCAUUUCACACGCUCUCUGUCUUCCUGCAGGCUGCUCUUCGCUGCAUGUGCGGUCGGCCAUGCGUGUGCGCAUACCGGGUGUGCAGCCCUGACAGGUAGUACUCCUCAUCUAGAUACGCGAGUGCUGCGUUGCGCAGCGAUGGCGGCACGUCGCCAUUAUCAAUGGUGCUCAU